GUUCUUCUAUAACUGUCCUUCCAUUUUCUAGUCUUCUUCCCUUAAGAUCCUUCCACCCAUCUCUGUAUAUACAUAAUCCAUAUAUGUAUAGAUACAUACAUACAAUGCACAGAUAUAUUUUUUGAUUCUCCCCUUUUUGUUGUGAUUUUUUUAAAUUUGGUGCAUUUGGCAAUAAUGGGUACGGAAGAGGGGAUUGUUCAAAUUUCUGUGGCAUCAGUGGUGGAGGAUGUUCUGCAACAAGGGAAGCGACUGAGCGACAUUGAUUUGGCUUCUAGGAAAGCUGAGGAAGCUUCAUUCAGAAGAUAUGUAGCAGCAGGGUGGCUCAGAAAGACAAUUGGAGUGGUUGCGGCUAAAGAUUUGCCGGCGGAGCCUUCAGAAGAGGACUUCAGGCUUGGAUUGCGUAGUGGAAUCGUACUUUGCAAUGUUCUUAAUAAAGUUCAGCCUGGUGCUGUGCAAAAAGUAGUUGAAGCACCUCCUGAUUCUGCUAAUGUUCCUGAUGGAGCAGCUCUUUCUGCAUAUCAAUAUUUUGAAAAUGUCCGUAACUUCCUUGUAGCGGUAGAAGAAAUGGGCAUUCCCUCUUUUGAAGCAUCUGAUUUGGAGAAAGGAGGGAAAUCUUCCAGAAUCAUCAAUUGUGUGCUGGCAUUGAAAUCUUAUGCUGAGUGGAAACACGGAGGUGGGAGUGGAUCAUGGAAAUACAGUGGGAACUCAAAACCUUCAUCUGCAGGAAAGCAAUUUGUCCGAAGAAACUCCGAGCCAUUCAUGAAUUUAAUCUCAAGGACUUCAUCCAUCAGCAACAAGAAUCUUGAUAGCAAUGAUGUUGGGCAUGAUGCCCGUGAAAUGGUUAACCCAAGUUCCCUCCAUAUGCUUGUUCACGAUCUUCUCUCUGACAAGAAGCAAGAAGAUAUUCCAUUUAUUGUGGAGAAUAUGCUGAGCAAAGUCAUGGAAGAAUUUGAGCAUCGGCUUGCCAGACAAAAUGAACAGUCAAAGACCUCCCACAAAGAGACAGUUGUUUCAACAACCGAGGGAUCUCCCUUGGAGCUUACAUGUGAGGAGGCACAGGUCGCAAUCAUCGAGGAUGAAGAAAAAUCACUCUAUGAGGGGACAUGCGGCAAGGUAGACAUAGAUGAUGAUGGUGCAUCAACAACACAGGUCGUAAGGCAGCAGAUGCUGGUUGAACACCAACAUAAAGAAGUCCAGCAAUUGAAAUCUACUCUCCAUGAUGCUAAAGUAGACUUGCAGUCUCUUCAACUGAAAUAUCAAGAGGAAGUCAGCAAUCUGGGCAAACAUCUGCAUGGUUUAGCUCAUGCUGCUUCAAAUUACCAAAAGGUUCUGGAGGAGAAUCGGAAGCUGUACAAUCAAGUGCAAGACCUUAAAGGGAACAUCAGAGUGUAUUGCCGGGUGCGGCCUUUCUUGCCUGGCCAACCAAACAGUCUAAGCACUGUGGAUCACGUAGAUGACGGGAAUAUUACAAUAACUACUCCUUCAAAGUAUGGAAAAGAGGGAAAGAAAUCAUUCACUUUUAACAAGGUCUUUGGUCCUUCAGUAACCCAAGCGGAAGUGUUUGCAGAUACACAACCUUUGAUCCGGUCUGUUCUUGAUGGCUACAAUGUUUGUAUCUUUGCUUACGGCCAAACGGGAUCAGGGAAAACACAUACGAUGACUGGCCCAUCAGAUCUCACGAAGGAGACCCUUGGUGUGAAUUACAGGGCAUUGAGUGAUCUAUUCAUUAUCUCAGAACAAAGAAAAGAUGUUAUUUCUUAUGAUAUUUCAGUUCAGAUGGUUGAAAUUUAUAAUGAGCAAGUCAGGGAUCUCCUUACCCCAGACGGUGUUAACAAAAAAGUAGAAAUUCGCAACAGUUCCCAGAAGGGUUUCAAUGUACCUGAUGCAAAUCUAGUUCCUGUAGCAUCAACUUCUGCUGUGAUGAAUCUGAUGAACCUUGGGCACAAGAAUCGUGCGGUGGGUGCUACAGCCAUGAAUGACAGAAGUAGUCGCUCUCACAGUUGCCUUACAGUUCAUGUUCAAGGAAGAAACAUGACAUCUGGUACUAUUCUUCGUGGCUCCAUGCACCUUGUUGACCUGGCAGGAAGUGAAAGAGUGGACAAGUCAGAGGCUGUUGGUGAUAGGUUGAAGGAGGCUACACAUAUCAACAAGUCUCUUUCUGCUUUAGGAGAUGUCAUUGCUUCACUUGCCCAAAAGAACUCACAUGUUCCCUACAGGAACAGUAAGCUUACACAGUUGCUUCAAGAUUCUCUUGGAGGCCAAGCAAAAACUUUGAUGUUCGUUCAUAUAAGUCCUGAGCUUAAUGCUGUUGGAGAAACACUCAGCACACUGAAAUUCGCUGAACGAGUUUCUACGGUUGAGCUUGGUAGUGCAAGGGCGAACAAAGAGGGUUCUGACGUCAAGGAACUAAAAGAACAGAUUUCCAGUCUUAAGGCAGCCCUAGCAAGGAAGGAGGAAGAGCAAGGGCGCCGUCCGCUUUCCAGAUCAAGUACUCCAGAAAGGGUCAGAAUAGGAUCUUCUCUUUCUUCUAGUUGGCAUAGUAUGGAAGAUGUUGGUAGUAACAUAGAGGUUAAGAAGAAAUCUACGUCAAAAAUGAGAAGGCGAAGCUUAGAUCCCAAAGACUUUCAGAUGAAUUCUCCUCCCUUUCCACCAGCCAAUAGCCCUGCAUCAAGGGAAGAGGACAGAGAAUCAGUUUGUGGUGAUUGGGUUGACAAAAUUAUGGUGAACAAGCAAGAUGGUCUGAGUAGAAGUAGUUCCUUAAGAGGCUGGGAAGAGGAAACCAGGAUUUCACCUGACCUGUUAUAUAGGAAAUGCCCACCUGAUAGUUCAAAGGUGUAUCCAGAACAACCUAUAAACAAAGUUGCAGGAAAUAAAAAGGAUGGCCAAGACUAUGAGGCAAGUAAGACUCGGUCCGAAGCAGGUUCCAUAGAUGAUUUCGAUGAACUGGAAGCUGCAACAAGUGAGUCUUCUGAGCUUGAAUACCUUUGGCAACCGAAUCUUCAGAAGGUUAGUCAGACUCCCAAUGGACUGGGAUCCAAACUCAAAAAACCUAGUCCUAAGCAAGUGAAGAAGCCAGAAAUAAGGAGCUUGAUUCCUCCACCACCAACCAGGAGACUUUCUAAUGGGUUAAUCUCACCUUCUGCAAAGACGGGAAGAGCAGCUGCCUUAGAAGGAAAGCGAAAAACAGCAAGUGGGAAGUGACAAAUGUUCCAACUUAGUUGAGUUUGAUGCUUAAGUAAUCAAAGAUGUGCUUUUUUCUUUCUUCUUUUUCUUUCUUGUCAAUCUUUUGCUCUGCAUUCUUUAGAGUGAAAGAGAGCGAGGGUAUGGCAAUAGCUUCAGUUGCCAUCUUUUCCUCCAGUGGUGAUCUUGAAAUUGUUUUGGUGUCCCACUGAUGAGUUUCAGUGGUUGUUGGCUUGUUCUUCAUUUUCUUUUCCCCCCAUUCUUUUGGACUGAGGAAUGUAAAAAUGCAGAAAAUGAAAAGUAAUACUUAAUAGAAUUACA